CUCAUUGGGCGUACCUACUGGCGUAGAGAUACUGAGGGUCAAAUUUGACCCUAUACAUAGACCAAAGUGAUGCCCAACUUGUUUUAAAAUGGAAUAGGACUACAGAGUAUUGGGCAACAGGUUCAUGGAAUGGCCAUAGAUUUAGCUCAGUGCCCGACAAGUUGAACUCAGUAUACAAUUACAGCUAUAUUGACAAUGAGAACGAGUCAUAUUUUACAUAUUCCCGUCAUAUUAGUAGUACAAUUACAUCAAGAUUCAUCAUGGAUGUCUCAGGACAAAUUAAGCAACUAACAUGGUUGAAUAAUUCUGCUGGUUGGAAUGAAUUUUGGGCUCGACCUAGUCAACAAUGUGAGGUUUAUGGUUAUUGUGGGGCAUUUGGUGUUUGUGAUAAUGUUAAUUCACGCUGCAAUUGUUUCAGUGUUUUCAAGCCAAGAUCAGAUAGAGAAUGGAAUUCGAAUGAUUAUUCGAGUGGCUGUGUAAGAAAUGUAGAGCUACAAUGCAGCGCCUUUACUGUAGACAAUGAUAGUUUCUGGAUGAAUUCAAGCAUGAGUUUACCUGCUUCUCCAGAUACUAAUAUCACUGUUGAGGAAGCCUCAAAGUGUAGAUCUACUUGUUUUAAUGAUUGCUCUUGCACUGCUUAUACUUAUGAUGGUUCUGAUACCUGUUCAAUUUGGACUGGGGAUCUCUUCAAUCUGCAACUGCUCAGCAAAAAUGAAACAGGAAGAAUUAUCUAUGUCAAACUUGGCUCACCACAAGCUCAAACUAAGGCUAAGAAUCGAUGCAGCUAAAAGUUAUCCUUUCAUCCAUAACAGCUUUUAUGGUUCUAAUCAUAGGCAGCUUUAGCUACAUUUAUUAUAGAAGAAGAAUGGCAAAAGGAGCAGAUAGAAGAAAAGGUAAUCAAGGGAUACAAAUAUCUCACUGGCACAAAGUUAACGGAGAAGCAAAAGUAUUGAGGAACGAAAACAAUGAAGUCAUUGAUGUUCCAUACUUUCAUUUGGAGACCAUUUUGGCAGCUACAGACAAUUUUUCAGAUGCAAAUAAGGUCGGAGAAGGAGGAUUUGGUCCUGUUUACAAGGGUAUGUUUCCAGGCGAAAAAGAAAUUGCAGUGAAAAGGUUAUCUACUCAUUCAGGACAAGGCAUAGAUGAACUUAUGAAUGAAGUAACUUUAAUUGCAAAACUUCAGCACCGAAAUUUGGUGAGGCUAUUAGGCUAUUGCAUCAAUACGACGGAACAAAUAUUACUUUAUGAAUACAUGCCGAAUAAAAGUUUAGACACAUUCAUAUUUGAUGGAUCACUUAGCACAUUACUGGAUUGGAAGAAACGUUAUGACGUCAUAUUAGGUGUUGCACGCGGUCUUGCUUAUCUACACCACGAUUCACGACUGCGGAUCAUUCAUAGAGAUUUAAAAACUAGUAACAUUUUGUUAGAUGAGGCGAUGAAUCCGAAAAUUUCGGAUUUUGGUUUGGCAAGGAUUGUUGAAGGAACAAGAACUGAAGCAAAAACAAUGAAAGUAGUGGGGACCUAUGGCUAUAUGUCACCUGAAUAUGCACUGAAUGGAUAUUUUUCCAUCAAGUCAGAUGUAUUCAGUUUCGGGGUAGUCGUACUUGAGAUAGUCAGUGGAAGGAGGAACAAUGGAUAUUAUCAAUCAGAAGAAGCCUUAAACUUGAUAUGCUAUGCAUGGAAAUUGUGGAUAGAUGGUAAUGCAAUACAGUUGAUAGAGAAAUCAUUACUUGAAUCAUGCAACAGAGAGGAAGUGGUAAAGUGCAUUAGUGUUGCACUCCUGUGUGUACAAGAAGAUCCAAAUAAUCGUCCUAACAUUUCAGAUGUCAUUGUAAUGCUGGGAGGGGACGGUAUGAGUCUUCCUAGACCUAAUCGACCAGCCUUUGUAAUAAGGACACACACGUUGAUAAUAGGUGAUAUAUGUAUAAGGAAGGCUAAGGAGCAGUUUUGGUUCAACAACUUCUAUAGGUACUAA